AGAAGAAAAAGAGAAUGAAUUUUCUAACUAUUCUCACCACUUUUUUCGUAUUCCUUUCAACUGCAAACGCUCAAUACUACUAUUACCCUGAUGGCACCUACAAUAAUGGAUACUACUACUAUCCGAGCAACGAUAACAGUGGUGGAUAUUAUUAUAAUGGAUACUACUAUGAUACUGGAUACACACCAUAUUAUUACACUUACGGAAAGAAAUAAUGAUUUGCUUUAUUUUGGAAUGUUCUAUUGAAUAAAUAAUUGUUA